GGCUGGAGGCACAAUGGAAGAGGAGUGAUCAGGUACGUCAGAAUUGGGAAUGGGAAUGUAUCCAAUGAGCGGAGCGGUUCUCCCGCAGACUGUGUAUUAGCAGAGCUUGCAUGUGCUAUAAAUGUUCAGUAACAGGAGAGAGGGACAGCAUGACGAAGUGUCAGAGCCCACCGGCCAAUGCGUUCUGCAUCUGUUAAUUCUCUCGGUGGCUCCGCUGUAACCUCCUCAUCUCUCCUCAUGAUGCCGGACUCUAAGACGUCUUCUCAACACUCCCUGUACUCUGCCCUUCUCUUGGAAUAAAUCUUCGUCACUUUCAUGCCUUGAUCUGUCACGGAAUUGGAACGUUACUCCUUGUAGAGAUGGUGUCUCCUCUCACCUGGUUAUUUCUCCUGAGCUUGUCCGGCGCAUCCAAAAGAUGCGAAAGUUUGCAUUUCAACACAACUUCGAAGGAGCCGUUCCAAAUCCCAAACAUCACCGGGUUUUUUUCCUGGAAUAAUUACAACCUCACCGACUUGCAGAGUUUCGUUUGGAAAAAAAGAUACGGAGCAGAAUCCCAAAAUCCCAUGGUGAAGGCGUUGCUGAUUGUGGCGUAUUCUUUCAUAAUAGUCUUCUCGCUUUUCGGGAAUGUCUUGGUGUGUCACGUGGUCAUCAAAAACAAACGGAUGCACUCGGCAACCAGCCUCUUUAUAGUCAACCUGGCUGUGGCCGAUAUUUUAAUCACCCUUCUCAACACCCCCUUCACUUUGGCUCGGUUUGUGAACAGUACUUGGAUGUUUGGAAAAGUCAUGUGUCACGUCAGCCGCUUUGCCCAGUACUGCUCGCUACAUGUCUCGGCGUUGACGUUAACGGCCAUUGCCGUGGACAGACACCAGGUCAUCAUGCAUCCGUUAAAACCUCGGAUAUCGACCGUUAGAGGAGUUGCAUAUAUUGCCAUCAUUUGGAUAAUGGCCACAUGCUUCUCUCUGCCACACGCCAUCUACCAAAAACUGUUCACCUUUGAAUACAGCGAGGAAAAUAUACGAAGUUUGUGUCUCCCUGAUUUCCCAGAACCAUCUGAACUCUUCUGGAAGUACCUGGACUUGGCCACCUUCAUCUUGCUCUAUGUCCUGCCUCUUUUAAUAAUCUCUGUGGCGUAUACCACGGUGGCAAAGAAAUUGUGGCUGAGGAACGCCAUUGGAGACGUGACUACUGAACAAUAUUUUGCGCUCCGCAGGAAGAAGAAGAAGACCAUUAAAAUGCUGAUGCUAGUGGUGGUUCUUUUUGCUGUGUGCUGGUUUCCUUUAAACUGCUACGUCGUCCUCCUCUCCAGCCAAACCAUUCGUACCAACAAUGCCAUUUACUUUGCAUUCCAUUGGUUUGCUAUGAGCAGCACUUGCUACAACCCAUUCAUCUACUGUUGGCUUAAUGACAAUUUUAGAUCCGAAUUGAAAGCCUUGCUGAACAUGUGCAAGAAGCAAAAUGGGUCCAGGGAACAUGUACUUCCUUCCACGGCACCAACGUAUAGGAUGGCUUGGCCUGAAAGCAGGAGCUUCAAAAGGUCCAUCGUUUCUCACACCCUCCCAUCAUCAUCUAACAUCCAGUCUGGAAAGACUGACAUCUCGGCAGUGGAACCAAUUGUCUCUGUUGGCUAAUUUUUGUAUGAUGUCAGCUACAUGCAGGUGUUCGCUUAUAUGUCCUUCAGAACCCUACAUUUAUGCAAUCACAACUUUUAAAAACUCUCAGUGGAUCCGAUGUCAAAAUAAUGAAGUUAAUUUCUUAAUUAACAAACUAUAAUGUUGGAUGUAAGAAAUGAAAUGCUAGAGGGACACUUUUAGGGACUUUGUCAGGAUUAACAAGAAGGAGACGCGUCAUUGCCCCUGUGUGGAGACAAUGUGUUUUGUUUUGUUUGUUUGUUUUAUUUAAAUCAGCUACAUGAAUAAAUAUCGUGGUUAUGUUGUUUUGCUUAAGGAACCAUUUUUGUAUAUUCAUGCAGAAAAAUGUAAAAAAAAAAGGAAAACAAAUUAAAAUAUUUCAAUUAUUCUAAAA